AUGGACGCCCAAACCCUCAAAACAGACCUACUCUCCACUCCCACUGCCCCCGCCGGCGCGCACGCCGAGCGAAUCGACUUCUCGACCACACCCCUCGCAAAGUCUUAUGGCAAGCAGCUGAGCUACGCACUCGUGAUCGACGACCUCUUCACACCCGACGAAUGCCGCAAAAUGCUGCAGUUCGCAGCGUUGACGGGCGGCGGGUGGAAGGAGGCGCUGAUCAAUUCGGGCUAUAGCCAGGUCCUGAGGAAGGAUAUUCGCGAUUGUACUAGAGUCAUGAUUGACGAUUUCGAGCUGGCUGGGCUGAUCUUUGGGCGGGUGAAGCCGUAUCUGGAUGAGGUGGUGGAGGUGGGGAAGGGGACGGAGUGGGAUAUUGCAUCGUAUGCGGGGAAGUAUUAUAAGUGGAAGAUGACAAGACUAAAUGAGAGACUUCGAUUUUUGAGAUAUACCAAGGACCAGUACUUUAAACCCCACGGCGACGGAUCAUAUGCUACCCCCGACGAUAAAGAACGCUCCUUCCUAACCCUACACCUAUACCUCAACUCCUCAGGCGACACCGAGGGGGGCGUCAAGGGUGGCUCUACGCGUUUCCUGCCAUACAACUACCUAUCCCAGAGCCUAGACAGAGAUUCAGAAUGUCUGGAUAUCGAACCAAAGGUGGGAAGAGUCUUGAUAUUCCAACACCAGGGGUUGAUCCAUUCUGGGGAGCCGGUGACGGCGGGGACUAAGUAUACGAUGAGGACAGAUAUCAUGUAUGAGAGGAUGCUGCCGACGUUAGAGGAUAUGCAGUAA